UCUCCUCAGCAGCUGGGGCAGCUCCAGCAGCAGCAGCAGCAGCUGGUGCAGCAGCACCACCACCAACUGGCAUGGAGGAGAGUUUCUCACGUCCUGAAAAAGCCAAAUAAAAUAAAUCAGUACCUGCACUCAACUAAACUAUUCAACAAUCUCCAUCAGGAGCAGAAUGUUCUCUCACCCUGUGCGAUCAAAUCUUCGAUUGAUUUUCCAUUGAGCUCAGCAAUGAUCUUCUUGACUCUCUCAGCGUCCGACUCAAUUCCCACCGAGGAGAGGAUCUUCUCGAUGGCAUCCUGGGAAGGUGAGACAUUGCCACCAAGGACAGCCAGAAGAUAAGCGGCCACGUAACGCAUUCUGGGAUACCAAUGGUGAAAAACAAUUGAUUAACCUCACAUUCAUCAAUCCCCUGAUACCCUCGAUAUUAACAUUUAAUCUUCAGGAAAUAAUUUAACAUCACUGCCAAUCAGUCGAAAGAUGGUGAUAAAUUGCAAUCAUCAUGAAAAAUCCAGUGGAUCAAUUGAGAUUCUCCAAUCUCAGUCAUAAAUAAAUUCGAAUGAAAGAAAAAAGAAUGGAACACACGCCGCUCAUGGCGAAGGCCAUCCGAGCACGUUUGCACAUCCGUAAACAUCGCGUUGAAUUUAAUAAAUUUCCACUCCCAAAUCAUUGAUUCAGUAACUUCAAACAAUGAACAAACCAUUAUAAUCAAUAUUUUUAACGAUUGAUGCUAAAUUAAUUACUUACUUUUAAGUCGUGGUGACACGAAACGUGGAUCACGCUAAAAUGUAACAGAACGUUCUCGGCGAAGAAACGAAAUGAAAGAGGAAGGCGGCAGCCAACCUAGAGGGGCCACCUCUUCAAAAUAAUUCUCAGAAUGCCCACGAUGUUCAGCGCCUCUAUUUACCAUUCGUGCGGGGUUUUCCGUUCUAUCAGUUUAUUUAUUUCCGGUCGUCGCGGGAAAGAAAACGGGAAAAACUUCGUAAGCGUUAAUUGUUUGUUGUUGGAAAGCUCACAACACGAGUGUAGGAUAGUUUGUUGAGGAGAGAUUGAUGUGUAAAUAGGUGUUAUUUGGUAUUUGAGGGGUUUGGGAUGGAUGGCGAUUAUUACUCUACAGUUUAUGCUUGGUUCGAAAGAUGCGGAAUAAUAUCAAACGUUCGCACUCAUCUUCGUCAGAACCUGGUGAAUGCCUUGAAAAGUAAAGAUAUGACACUGAACAAAGCGAAUAUCGGUCCUAAAUCAGCGAAGCAGUACGUCUACGAUUUGCUGAUAGCGGAGUACCUCUGGAAUCACAAUUAUGCGUACACAGUAUCGGUAUUCGCCAGCGAAGCCCCUCUGCUCGUCAAUUUCCGCAAGCACGUACCGAAGAGUGAUGAUGAGGCACUGGAAACGACCGACAGAAAUAAACUGCAGACUGAUUACGUUUGCCAUACGCUGGAGACCCUGGGGAUCAGCCCAGAGGGGCCUGAUGGCCAGGCCAUCAUCGCUGAGUACGAUAGCAAUGAUAUGCCCUUGCUAUUAUCGAUAUUGAAAUAUGUUAGCCAAUUUAGCAAGCCAAAGAGUAGUGUUCAGAUAGUUAGGGAGGAUUUUAAAGUCCCCACCAAAAGCUGCCGGACCCAGACUGAUUUUCCUGAAAGCGAUGUCACUGCGGAGAGUAUUAAAAUCGUGGCAGCUAAGAGGAAAUUGAUCAGGCAGAAGGAGUCGUUUGAUAGUGAGCUGAGGGAGAAGGAGGAGGCUCUGAAGCAAAGAGCUUCUCACAUUGAACAGCAGAUGAUGACUUUGGACGAAAAAUUGGCACAAGUCCAGGGUUUCAUGCAAGCUGUAAAUUUAAAAGAGAAACAGUUCCAUGAAGACAGGAAAGAAGAGGAACGUAGGAUGUACAGAAAAGAAUUAGAAUUGGCUGUGAAGGAGAGUUCACUAGAACGAGAAGCUGAGAGAUUGGAAAAGGAACGAGACAGUUACAGACACUUCGAGGCGAAUCUGAAAAAUCUCCAGGAAGAGUUGAUAAAAGUGAAACAAGAUCUUCCGAAUAAAGAGAACAGAGAGACCAAAGACUCGAGAAAAAGUACAAAUGAAGCAUCGACGCAGACUGAGAAGUGCAACAAUGAGACGAAUAAGCAAUUGAACGAUCAAGAGAAGCGAGAGCUGCAGAAUCUCGUCCACGAGCAGAAGCUGAGGAUAGAGGAGUUGACGCUGAGAGCAGUGAAGCUGUCAAGACAACUCGAGGAAGCCCAGCUGAUAAAAUACGCGAAUAGUGAAGUUAUGAAGGCGAUUCCACCAGUUCAGCCCUCGAAGACCGUUCUCAGUGAGAGUAGCUCCACCGACGAUAUCAUUCAGGACGCAAAGCAACGAUUAAAGAGGCUGGAGGAAGAGACAAUGAAGGCUGACAACUGCUACUUAAACGCAAUGAUAACUUCGCCCUUAUGACGAAGAGUUCACUUUAAUCUAUCCGAGAAUUCCGAGCACCUGUGUGACUGAACAAAUUAUGUACUACUCGAUAAUUUCAUCAAUAUUAUUUAUUCAUUAAAAGUGGAUUUAUCACAGAGAGACUGCACACACAAUAAUUCACGAGGAAUCAGUUUAUACUAGAAAUUCGUUUCAUUUUUUUUCGUUUAUUAUUGUGUAAAAUUGGAUUCUUGAUGAUUUAAUAUAAAAAUUAUUUACUAUUGA